AUGAUGUUCUGCGCAUGCCGGUCGGACAUGCUCGAGGUGCAGCAGAGGAGCGCAGCCAUCCUGGUGAGCCGGUGCGUUGCGGGCGAGAGGCCCGGCCCGGCGGCGGAGCGGAGGGCAGCGGCGCACGAGCGCGUCACGCUGAGGUUCCUGCGCUCCGCGAGCAGCUUCGUCUGGCGCCGUGGGCGGACAGAGGGCGGCCUGCUUCCCCCUUCCUUCCCCGCCCCUCUCCUCUCGCGCCUUCGCCUCUUCCUCCCGCCCUCUUGCCCCCCCCCCCCCCUCUUGCCCGCCCGCCUGUGCGCGCCCGCGCCUGCCUGCCGAGGGAGCCCGCGCCGUGGGGCCCCACGCAGGGCCAAGCGGGGCCUCGCCCUCGCUGGGGGGCCUCGGCAAGUGUGA